UCGCACUUUUCUUUGGCAAAAUCAGACGCUCAUCAUGGUUAUCAAUUGGGACGGCAUGGAAGCAGAUUGCCAUCGGAUGUAUGUGCAGGAAAACAAGAAUUUGAAGGAAGUCAUUGGGUACUGGGAACAACGCGGGUUUACGGCAAGCCCACGCGCAUACAAUUUACAGUUCAAGCGAUGGAAUUUCCCUCUCAAGCAACAUCCUGUGUACAAGAACGAGGCGCUCAUCGCCCGCGUGAAGGAAUUAUGGGACACGAACCAUGAUCAAACAGACAUGCUGGAGGUGCUCCACGCGGAAGGUUUCUCGAUCAGAAAUCGUGAGCUGAUUAAUUUGCGACACCGGCACAGAUGGACGUUCCGAGCACCUACAACCGGGUCAAAGCAGAGUCAGGCAGAUGGGGCCACAACGAAACCGCCAAAGAAGAGGAAAAAGCAGAAACCCCAGGUCGUUUACAGCAAUAGUCUUAUAGAUCAGCUGGCCAAUGCGAUAAUGCAAGGGAAUUCGUCAGGUGCAGAGAGUGAAGAAGAGACCGAGCCGGAUGCUGAAGCCGCUGAAGUGACACCAGCACCGACCGUCGCCGUUCCCGUGGAAGAAGCUGUCGAUGAGGAGAAGGCUGCACGUUUACGAUUGCGUCAAGAACAGCUGAUAGCCGAGAGCGAGGAAAAGUGGAGAGCUGGAAAGCGGCGCAGACGCACUCAAGCUUGGGCAUGUCUCCCAGCUGAUGCGCCUGACGCACCCCCUCGAUUUCCAUCCGAGACCACUAUCGAUGAGUGCAAAGCACAACUGAAUCUCGACAAUACGCAAUACAAGGCUAUGCGUGAACGGUUUCAGUCCAUCUGCGAAGAACAAGACGUCACCAAGAAAACUGUCGCAGGACCCGAGAUGUGGGCAAGCCUUGUCCAACGCCUGAUCCGAGAGAACCCACAUUUGUCAGAUACCUUCAAAGACGACUCGGCAGUUCUCGAACAGAGCGAUGCGAUGUGGAAGCCGAAAGACUCCAAGAGUUUGUCGCUCGACGUGAUUUGCCAGGACGUGACGAAGAGCAUGCGAGUGAUGAAUAGUCGGAUGGGUGUGUCAGAAGUCAAAGACAUUCUUGGCCUCAACCCUCAACAGACGCGCCAGGCCAGAACUGAGUUCAUAUCAAUCUUGCAAGCCGACCACUUCACUAACAAGUUCCUAGCUGGUCCAGAGCACUGGAAUGAGCUGAAACGGAGGUGGGUACAAGGAUCCAACGAUUUGCCGAAGCUGCUCGAUGUCGAGGAUGCAUCGGAACAGCAGGACAGCCGGAAAUUGAGGGCCUUGGAAGUUCUGGCUCGCACUGCCAUGAGGCAGUUUCGAGCCGUGGAAAGGACGUCAGGCCAACGACCUAAACAGGUACAUCAAGGUCCCGGUCCUGGACCCGCCAAAUCUAGCGGGCCACCCACAAGUGCCCGCCGAAAACGAGGCAGGGUUGGUAAAACGGCCACCUCGGCGGCCACUGAACUCAGCAACACCCUUCCGCCAUCGACAACAGAGUCCCCCACCCAAGCGCAAGCGUCUACGUCGUUGCAAUCGCAUACGGAAGGGAACGAUUCGUUCAGUCCUGGACAAAGUCUCCAAUUCAACUCCAAUGCAUAUAUACCGGUAAUGCCAGCGCAACCACCCAUAUUAGAGUCAGGCCCCUUGGCAAUAUACUUCCGGCUGCAUGCCCUCUCGUCGACGCCCUAUCGUAGUAAAUCUGUGUGGUUGAGUAUCCUUGAGAACGGAACACUUGCGGAAGUCAAGUCGCUUGCUAUGCGUGAACACCCAGGUACUACUGUUGUUAGGCUAGAAGGACUCAUCAUGCAUGAGCAUGGUGAAGCUGGACGGGAAAUCGCUAUAUCAAUUGGUGACGAUGCAGAGCUGAGUGCUUUUCUUGGACACGUCAAUGGCGGGAAAGUGACUUUUGUCGUGUUGCUAAGCGCGGCAGGGAAUGAUGGAUUCUUCUUGAGAUGA